CGUCCCGCCCUCCCUUUUGGUUCUUUACGGCUAGGGCUCAGGAGAGCUUCGCAACGGACGGGCGCUGAGGCCAAAGCCUUUGGCGGGCGGAAGCCGGAAGUCGAGGUUGCUGUGGCAGCGCCUGAGCGGGAGAAUGCUUCCACUCUCCUUGCUGAAGACAGCACAGAACCACCCCAUGCUGGUGGAGCUCAAGAAUGGCGAAACUUACAAUGGUCACCUGGUAAGCUGCGAUAACUGGAUGAACAUCAACCUUCGAGAAGUCAUCUGUACAUCCAGGGAUGGAGACAAGUUCUGGAGGAUGCCCGAGUGCUACAUCCGCGGGAGCACCAUCAAGUACCUGCGCAUUCCUGACGAGAUCAUUGACAUGGUGAAGGAAGAGGUGGUGUCGAAAGGGCGAGGCCGGGGUGGAAUGCAGCAGCAGAAGCAGCAGAAAGGCCGCGGUGUUGGCGGCACCGGGCGGGGUGUGUUUGGCGGCCGUGGCCGAGGUGGAAUCUCAGGGAGCAGCCGAGGGCAGCAGGAGAAGAAGCCUGGGAGGCCAGCAGCAAAGCAGUGAUGAGCCAAACCCUUGCCUGGAAUGGGGGAGCAAUUGGACCCAAACGCCCCACGGCUGGGAGGCUGGUCCACCGUCUCCUAGUUGUCCCCCACAACAAACUUCUACAUCGCUCAGUUUCCGCACCCCUCGCAGACUUCGGGAGCGAUUUGCCGGAGUGCUUACGUCUUUUCAAGCCUUUUUUGUUUUUAAAUAGCAAAUACGUUGGUGAUCAGAAAUGAGUGUCUAGAGGUGUCCCCCUGAGUACUUCCUCCUGCAGUUUAGCUCUGACUUGAGGAUCGGGAUAACCUUUUGGGGGGACAGUUUGGCUUUCCCCUUCCUCCUUUUUCUUUUGGGAUUGCUUUGGCAAGAGGAAUGCCUUGCCAGCGUUCAAAACGAUGAAACAGAAACAAGCGAGACUUUCUUCGCAAUGUUAGGAUUAAACUCUAUGCUUUUUUUGUAAAACAAAUUAUUUGUCGAAGGCCGCUUUAGCUCCGAAUUCAGUUUUCAGGAGAAAAACUGCUUUGGGGCAUUGCUGAGCCAGGUGAUUCAACUCAUCCAUCUGGGCUUCCGUCAGACCUGUGGAAACAUUAAUUUUCAGUGUGAAUUAUCUACUCUCCUCAAAGCUGCAGAAAGAAAGGCUUGCAGAUCCAUAGGGAACCCCACAAACAAGAUAGGCUUUACGGAAGGUCGAGUAGAGCACUCCUGAGCCUGGUGACCUCCAGAUGUUGUGGGAGUUCAGUUUCCAUCCGGGGGCUGAUGGGAGCUGGAGUGCAACAACAUUGGGGGGGGCAGCUUAGGAAAGGCUGCCAUACAUUGUAGAUCAGGGGUGGCUGAUGCCUGCCCCCGCCCUGAGGAAUGUGUUACUUCAGCUGGAGGGGUAAAGAAUCCACUUCAUUUGAGAAUGUCAUCUUGAGAGGCAGCGUUUAUUCUAUCAGCAGCACUUGGUCAGUGCCAGAACAAACUAGCCACAUUCUUUUUUGUAGGAUUUUUUUUUAUGUGCUUUGUAACCCAGUUUUAAGUUUGCAAGUAUAAUAAACGUGGAUUUGGCCAUUU